UUGUUUUUAUAAACAGCCGGUAAUCUGGCGUUUUUCUAUGUUUUCUUCAUGAAAGUUAAUCUCUUUUGAGAUAUGUAUUGAAAGAGGUGUUUUUUGGUGUCCGAUACGGUGUUAGCGAUGAGUGGGGCUGUUUACGGGGGCGACGAAGUUGGGGCCCUUGUCUUCGACAUAGGCCACAACUCGACCAGGGCGGGAUUCGGGGGUGAGGAUAGCCCCAAGCUGGACAUACCCUCGACUGUGGGGGUCUGGCUGGACUCUCAUGACGAGAUCAGCCAGAAGCGCUACAAUAUCGGCAUUACUUCGAUCAACGUUAGGAGAUCCGAGAUGGAGCUGACGACGUUUUUGAAAGACGGUAUGGUUGAGAACUGGGAGAUAUUUGAGAAUUUUUUGGAUUAUAUAUACAGUAACGCUUUGCGGGCGAUCCCGAACGAUCACCCGUUGCUUAUCACUGAGCCGCCAUGGGUAACCGCCCCUAAGAGGGAGCAAUUAACUGAGUUAAUGUUUGAGAAGUACAAUGUUCCUGCUCUUUAUUUAGCUAAGAACGCAUCCCUCGCUGCCUUCGCCAAUGGGCGUCCGACUUGCCUUGUUGUUGAUAGCGGAGCUACGCACACAUCCGCUGUUCCUGUACAUGACGGUUUUGUGCUGACACAAGCUGUGGUUAAGUCUCCAGCUGGUGGAGACUAUUUGAGCACACAAUGUCGAAAUUAUUUAACUGAGAAAGGAAUUGAAAUUGUCCCUCCUUGCAUGGUAGCCUCGAAAGAAGUUACCAAAGCCGAAGAAGCGCCCAAUUUCAAGCGACGGCUCUUCCAUGCCAAGCUCACCGACUCCUGGCACAACUACAUGAUCAAACAAGUUAUGCAAGACUUCCAAGCUUCAGUAUUACAAGUCUCCGACAAUUUGUACGACGAAGAAGUUGUUAAAACAAUGCCCGCGAUUCAUUACGAAUUCCCGAACGGUUUUCAUAAGGAUUUCGGUGUUGAACGCUUUAAAAUCCCUGAACCGCUUUUCAACCCUAUUGCAGGCAUUAAAUCAGGCAUUCAGCCCACUCUAGGGGUUGGCCCUUUGGUCACAACCAGUGUGGGUAUGUGCGACAUUGACAUCAGACCGGCCAUGUAUGGAAGUGUCGUAGUGACUGGCGGUAAUUCAAAUUUGCAAGGAUUUACCGAGCGGUUAAACCGCGAUUUAGCUGCUAAAACACCUCCGAGUAUGCGCUUGAAAAUAAUUAGUGCUCCUGGAGCCACCGAACGCAAAUUCGGGGCUUGGUCGGGCGGCUCGAUUUUGACAUCUUUGGGUUCAUUCCAGCAACUUUGGGUGUCAAAGCAAGAGUAUGACGACGGGGGCAAGGCCAUAGUGCAAUCAAAGUGUUUGUAACUCGCGUAAUACGUUUAUUCAUUCAGUAUUAUUUUUUCUUUUGGUGUGAUAAAAUUUACAGUAUUUAAGGCCUAAAUGGUUGGAGGAACUCCACGGUUGUUUUCCACUUUAUUUUGGAUUGAUUUUUGCGAAUUUGUGAUAUAUUUGUUGAAAUACUUGUGGCAAUAUUUUUGUACUGUCAUGUUCCUAUUAUUAGUGUUCAUUUGAUUAAGUUUUUUAUAAGUCUGAGUGAUUAGUCGUACUAACCACGGUUUCAAAUCUAUGACAUCGACGCCCAUUUUUUCAUUGUCUGUAUAGAUUUGAAACGUUAUAAUACUCCAUUAAAAUUAUUUGUGAUUUCUCGAUGUGCCAAUAAAAUUUGCCAAAUCAAA